CAGCCGGCAUAACUUCAACUUUUACUUUGACUAAUUAUUAUCGCAAAUUUCAGCCUUUGAUAUUAUCCUUUUUUUUUGCCCUCGGCUAUUCAAUGAUGGUCCACUUGACGCCAGCCUCUCCAGUUUGCUGCCUCCUCCCACGCUGAAUGCAUGUAGCUGAUCAAUGGAAAAUGAAACGAUCGCACUCCAGUGUCACUCUCGUACAAAAUCCAUCCAUCCACUCUGAGGUUUGAAGUGUGUAACGCUGAGACUACAAAUGAACAUCUGCUGGUACAGAGAAACAGAUGGAUCCAGUGAAUGACCGCCAGGGUUCCCUAUAAAUCAAUGCUUGCUAAAUCCGACAGGAUGAGUACUAUCAAACGGAUGGAUGAAUCUUCACUCAAAUAGCGCCUUGCAACGGUUCAGUUGCAUAAUUGCAAUUUCCUCACAACUGAGUGACAGGUUCUUUGUCCAUGAUGGCAUUCAAGACAAAAUCACGGAAGCUUAAAUCAUUGGAUUCUAAUGUUAUACUCGGGGCAAUAUCACCAGCUAAUCAGUAUCUUGUGCGCCUGAUUGAGGACAAAAAGAAACUGUCCUUCAAAAAGCCAACAGAGGAAAGAAUGAACUUGGUGUUUCAAGUAUUAGAAGACCUUUUACCACACAUGGGUGUAUUUUCCAGAGUACUGAAACUCAUCAGGGAUGAACUUUAUGAUGGAGUAUACAGUUCCCAAAUUACUGGGAGUUCAGCACCAGAAUCUGGAAUAGCUGAUGCAAUCGCCCGAGCACCUUACUUCAGCUUACUUCAUCAAUUACAGGAGAAACGAAAUGAAGAGACAGAGGCAGCCUGCACUAAAUUGAAUGAUUUAAGAGAGAUUUUGUUGCAGAAGGAACAAGACCAAAUUCAUUUGCAAUGUUCAGUGGUUGAACUGAAAGAAAAUAAUAAAGUGCUGGAAGAUCACAUUAGUUUCCUCAAUGAGAAGGUGCAUGAGAAAACUGAGGAGGCUAAAAGGUUGCAUCAGGACUAUCGAGAUCUACAGGAGAAAGUUGCAAAACAAGCCAGAUGCUAUAUCGUGACCAUCACAGACCUAAGGGCAAUGCUGCAGACUACAAAGGCUCAAGUGGCCUCACUAAGCCAGUACAAGAAGGUCUAUGAAGAGCUUCAAGAGGGUUUCCAGUACCCCAUGGAAAUGAAGAAGAGAAUCUCAUUGUCAUCAAUUUUCACAAAAACUUCUGGGAACAGAAAGAUAGCUCAAACAAACAAGACUCAUUUACUUUCAUGUAUUGAGGCUACAAAACAACUUGAGCAUCAGCUUUUCCAAGUUCAGAACAGUAUUUUCGAAGAUUUUGAUUUAUACUUGGAAAAUCACAAGACUUGGCUGGUUUCCAAGAAUUUCCAGAAUAACAGAGAUGACCCUGCUUAUUGCGCUGAGGAACUUGAAAUACAAACUAUAAAUAAAGAAUUCACAGGGAAACAGCAGAUCUUUAAGCAGUCAAUGGCACAAAUUGUAACAGAGUUAGCCCUCAUAAAUCAACACAAAGAAAGCUUGCUACAGCAGCUGAAUGAACAGGAGAAGUCUCUGCAUCAGGAAAGACAAGAUGAAGAAAAAUUUGUGAAAUCUGCACCACAUACCACACAAGCUCCUGUGUCAAAGGUCACUUCUGGAAGCUCAGGAUUAGGAAGAGGCUCAAGCCCUUCAGUACUAAGUGGGUUGGAGAACCACAUGGAUGAAUCCCUACAGGAACUUUUCUCAGAUGCCUUUUCUGCAAAUGAAAUUGUACCGAACAAGUAUUCAGCCAUGAUUUCUACCUCUUGCAAUGGUGGGAAUUCGUAUGUAGAAGUGAAGGAGGCCACGAUGUGUUUGAGCUGUGCAGAGAAGGCAAGCAUGAAGUCAAUCAUAAGAAAAUGGUUUAAAACACUGAUCUGUCCACAUAAAAUUGGUAACAACUGUGUGAUUGCACUGCCCAAGAAUUGCACCCACAUUAAAAUCAGCAGACCCAAAGCUCACAUCAUUACCAUGGAGGCUAAGCUGCCAAAUGCGAGAGAGCAUGUUCCUGUCCCUGUCCCUGUCUAUACCACAGAAACUGUCACAUUGCCUGAAUCAUCUUCCUUCAGUCAAAUCUUGGUGGAUUCUGCAAGCACAGUCUCUGCAGAUCAGGCUAACAAAUCAAAAAAUGACACCGCACAACUACCAACACCCCCUGGAGCUUGUAAACUCCAGUCGCCACAGGCAGAGAGCAGCUGGCAGAGGGAGGGGAAAAAUGCUCUGCAUCGCUGUCUGUCUAUAAUCGAACACCUUGCAGCCAAUCUUGUGUGGAAAGAUGAAACCAAACCAAUUAGUGAACCAGCUCUUUCUGUUCAGCUGAUUGCCGUAUUUGGCCAUAUUUUGUGUGGGAAGUUGGAUGCUGUGGUGUUACGUUACAUUGUUUUGAUGGCCGAGCUGGUGAACUGUGUCUCCUGGCAAUCUAUAAAUAUCCACUCAGCUACUUCUCAAGGGUCCAACCCUCCAGUGGCUGGAGUACUUGACACAAAGGAAGAUGGUUAUGGUUAUCGGCUGCCAACAGUCACAACCCCAAGAUAUCGUGAUGAUGAAACGGAGACAAUGGUGAUGGGAUAUCUGGGCCUUAAUGAGAAACGUGUUUCAAAAACACUCGUGAUGGAAUAUAUUCUGAAACUUAUCUUAACAAAUUCUGAACCCUUGUUUGAAGAGUGUGAAGCCAAUCUCCAACAGCAUUCUGGGACUGAGCCUGGUUAUCUAACAAGCACAGAAUUUGCACAGGCCUUUGAAAAAAUAGCUCCACAGUGCAAUGCAAAAGUGAGCCAGGGCUUGGUUGAACAGUCCAUUGCUGCUAGGCAAAGUGCCUUUAUUCCUCUAUCAAGUGCAGCACAGAUUAUAGCAUACCUGAUACUGCUGCAGCAAGUAGAUCUGCACAAAGAACAUCUACAGGUUACUCCAGACCUCUCCUCGAAGUCAACCACUCAGGUUGUACCAGAAGAUGGACAUCUCAUCACCAUGUCCAGGUUGAAACUACUGGUCAAUAACAUAGCCAGGAGCAAGAGGAUACAAUUGGCAUAUGCCCACACAGUCUAACAGAAAGAGG